AUGCCUCACCGCUCCGUCCUCUGCCGACUUCUCUUCUGCGCCAUUUUUUCCGUCUCGGUCCUGAAUAUUUUCACCAGAGCCUCUUCGCCGUUCUUCCAUCAAGACGGGAGGACGUAUGCUCAGAAGCAUACCGAAGAACUCUUCUGCCCACACUCCGACCUCGCCGAUGACAUUCUAAUCGUCCUGCGGACGGGUGCGACUGAGUCGCUGGAAAAAGUGCCCGUGCACUUUCGUACCACUUUAAGAUGUGUUCCCCACUUCGUCGUACACUCGGACUUGGAGGAAGAAAUCGAGGGACAUGCUGUACAUGACGUUUUGAAGGAUGUCACGGAAGAGACGAAGAAGAAACAAGAUGACUUUAAGCUUUACCAUCAACUACAAGAGCAUGGACGACGUGGAGUGCACCAGAAAGUCGAGACAUCCAUGUCUGGAUCGUCACAGGGCGACUAUCUACGCACGGACAAUGCCGGCUGGCAACUAGACAAGUGGAAGUUUCUGCCCAUGGUGGACCAAGCGCUGAAGGAGAAGCCCGAUGCGAAGUGUCAGUUUGAUGACAGCAAGCCUUACUACAUUGGAAAGCAUCUGUUCAUCAAAGACGUCGAGUUCGCCUACGGAGGUGCCGGCUUCGCCCUCUCCAACCCCGCUAUACGAAAGGUGUCGCAACAACGAUCGACCAAGGUGAGCGAAUACGAGGAAUUCACCGCUACGCACUGGGUGGGAGAUUGCGCCCUAGGCAAGGUCCUCGAAGACGCAAAGGUCCCACUAUACCGCGCAUUCCCCCACUUCCAAAGCGACUCGCCCGCCACGCUCAACCCAGCCAUCACCAAGAUCGACCGUGGUCUGUGGUGCUACCCGGCCAUAACCUACCACCACGUCUCGCCCGCGGAAAUUGAAGAGCUCUGGGCCUUUGAGCAAGACUGGUACCAACGCCACCCCAUCCUCCUCCGCCACCGCGACAUCUUCACCGAGCUUGUCCGCCCCAAAAUCGGCGCCUCAGUCCUCGAAUGGAACAACAUGUCGGCCGAUAAAGAAUACAACGCCCACGACCACUCCGCCGUAGACAACGAACUCGAGCGCAACGCGUGGAAGUCUUUUGACCACUGCCACGCCCUAUGCGAGGAGCAAACCGACUGUAUCCAAUUCUCCUUCAACGAGGGUAGCUGUGGUAUCUCAACUACUUUUAAGCUCGGCUACGCUAAACCGCACACGCGCUUCCGCAGCGGAUGGAUGCUCGAUCGUGUCGACGAUCUUUUCAAGACGCUCGAGGCGCAGUGCGGUAUGCGGGAUUGGUGGGCGCCGCAGGAAGAGACGCAGCGCGAGUUGAAGAUGAGGAGGAAGAGGAGUUUACCUGCGCCGAAAAUUUAA